AUGUUCAGUACUUCGGCAUUAUUACACAUACGACCAAACGUGACACGCGGACCAUGGCUAGCUUUACAGCAUCGCGGUCAAUAUAGCUCGAUCAGUAUACCUAAUAAAACCACAUCCGCCAACAGCUCGCAUGUGGUCUUUUGCUUCGCAGGUCUAGGCUAUGUCCCGCUCGAGGCAACCCGAGAUCUGUUCAGGACCUCCGCUGUCUUUCGAAACUCAAUCCACGACUUUGAGGAUGCAAUAGCUUCCCACUACACAAAGACGCGAACACGCCGACCCACCAUAUCCUUGGCGGAUUACCUCGCAGAGUCUGCUCCAAGACCAGCUUCCGUUCCCGGGUUCGAUUCGAGUGAGUCACGAGACAAUGAACCAACCACACCCCUGGCAUCCCACGUAAUCCAAGCUUCGCAGUACGCUCUCGCUCAUACCAUCCAAGCACGGGGCAUUGAACCUUCGAGCGUCGUUGGCUAUUCAUUAGGAGAGUUCAUCGCAGCUCUCUUCACGGGAUCGUUGUCUCUAUCAUCUGCAAUCGACUUCCAAGCGCGCCGCGAGGCUCUUUAUCAAGAUACCUCCUUGGUCCCCGAGCCCGGUGGUAUGCUCACAGUUAAAGCGCCUCCAUCCGAGACAGUUAGGAUCCUCGUCCAGGGCGGUGCUGCGGGCGAUGCAGAAGUGUCAGGAUACCCUCACCCAAAUUCCACAAUCCUYUCAGGAACCGCGAAGAUCUUGGACCGAGCGCAGGAGAUUUUGGCGGAGGCAUCCAUUGAUACUCAGCGGAGAGACAUGAAAUUUGGCAUGCAUUCUUCGCAUGUUGGUGCCGUUACGGAUCGCAUACGUGAGCGACCUGAAGACUUUAUGCCUACUAUUUCGAGUGAUGGGCGGGAAGCAAAAGUAGUAUCCGGCAUUAAUCACUGGUCUUGUCUUGGAGUGAAGCUCGGUGCGGACACUCCCCUGAACGCAAAGUAUUGGGCGACGAUGAUUCGGCAGCCAAUCCAUUUCACGCAAUGCGUGCAAGGUAUAUAUGAAGAGCAUUUCAACAGCAAUGAGGGAAAGGAGUUGAUCUUCUUGGAUCUGGGAAUGGGUCCGAGGUUGUCAAGAUUAAUUGUGAAUUCGUUAAAAGAGAAGAAAGAGUGGAAAGAAGGUUUGAUACGGGCGAUUGGCUGUGUGGAGCCUAUGAAGAUGGACGCUAAGACGAAGAAAAAUGAAGGAUGGGCCGUGGAAGAGUUGGAAAGAAAAUUGAGCGUUCUUCCGAGUGAAAGUUAA